CACCCACACUACACAUCCCGAAAACUAACUUUAUACUUCAGUCUCUAGAGGAGUCUGACAACCAGCCGACAGGGAAAUGGGGAAACAUGGAUCUGAGGCCAGAUUCCAAUGCACAAACUAAUGCAUCACAGCGAAGGGAUUUUGCAGAACAUAGGAGUCUUCAUAUGCAUAUUGGCUGUCAGAGGUAAGAGCGGAUCGUUUUUAUGUGAGGUUUUAACCCCUUCAAACACAGGCAAUAGAACAGUAAAAAAACAAUAUAAAUAAAACAUACAUGUAGCCCCUUUAAGAUAACAAAGAUAACAAUGUUAAAAUGUGACACAUGAUACUUAUACUAUAUCUCAACAAUUACUGAUGCUAACAACCUUAAUAGGACAGUAUAAAUGACAACAAAUUAAGUAAAAUUAACCCCACAGACCGUCUGUGGAUCCGUACUGAGUUUAGAUUUCUACACCUCAUCAUACAGAGCACACAGUGAGUAAGAGCAGUGUCAGAAUGCAUGUGUAGAUGAUGGAGAUGAAGUCGGGUGCUAUAACUAAACUGUAACCAGUUGUCAUACAGCCUCUCAUACCUGUGGGCUGUAGUAGGCUAGUUUAUGUAUCCGGCGGAGCACUGCACUCAGAACUGUGUUACAAACACAGGACCUUCAGUCUGCUGUACCCCAAAUCAGGCAGGACAGACCUAACCCUUCACUGCAGGGGAGUCUGGACUUCAUGAAACAUUUUACACAGUAGUCAGAGUGAAGAGUAAGAGCAGGACAACCACAUUUUAGAUUUACUACUCUUUUUUGGAGGGGACAUUUUCCUUAGCAGACAAUAGGUGUCUCCAGCUUCGUUUGGUAUAGUGGUAUGUUCCAGGGAUGGCUCAACUGGUGUGGGUUGUGUCCUCUGUAGUUCAUCAGUCCACUAUAGUAGACUGUGACUGUCAGCUGGACCGAACAGCAGAGUUUGUCAGAUCAGAAUAGGCCAGUUUAGAACCAGACCGGUCAUUCAAACCAGAGCAGAAGUGAUCAGAGGAUGUCUUCACCUCAGAAAGGAGAUCUGUCAGCAUCUGAGAGGAAGAUCUUGCAAGUUAUUGCUGCUGGCAAUUUACAGGAAGCUGCUCAGCUGCUUGCUAGCAAAGAAGUACGAGUCAACUGUUUGGAUGAGCAUGGCAUGACUCCACUGAUGCAUGCAGCCUAUAAGGGCAAGGCAGAUAUGUGUCGUCUGCUGCUGCAGCAUGGGGCCGAUGUCAACUGCAACCAGCAUGAAUAUGGAUACACUGCUCUCAUGUUUGCUGGCCUGUCAGGGAAGACAGACAUCACCUCCAUGAUGCUGGAUGCAGGAGCAGAGACAGACCUGGUAAAUUCUGUUGGUCGGACUGCUGCUCAGAUGGCAGCAUUUGUAGGCCAGCACGACUGUGUAACAGUGAUCAACAACUUCUUCCCACGGGCGAGGCUGGAGUACUACACCAGACCACAGGGGCUGGAGAGGGAGCCCAAGCUGCCCCCCAGGCUGGCAGGACCCCUGCACAAGAUCAUCAUGACCACCAAUCUCAGCCCGGUAAAGAUAGUCAUGCUGGUGAAGGAGAACCCUGUGCUGGUGGAUGUGACGGCUCUGGAGAAGUGUUACCAGGUGAUGGACCUGCUGUGUGAGCAGUGUGUGAAGCAACAAGACAUGAACGAGGUCCUGGCCAUGAAGAUGCACUACAUCAGCUGUGUACUGCAGAAAUGCCUGGCCUUCCUACAGAAACAAGAUGACAAGCUGGAAGCACUUGUCAAGAGCCUGUUGAGGGGGAGAGACAGUGAUGGCUUCCCACAGUACCAGGAGAAGUUCAUUCGGGAAUGCAUCAGGAAGUUUCCGUACUGUGAGGCCACACUCCUUCAGCAGCUGGUGAGGAGCAUUGCACCGGUAGAGAUUGGCAACAGCCCAACGGCAUUCUCAGUGUUGACCCAGGCCCUGACAGGUCAGAUGGCUUUUGUAGAUGCUGACUACUGUACUACAUGUGGGGAGAAGGGAGCAGACAAGAGGUGCUCCCUUUGCAAAGCAUUGACUUACUGCAGCUUGACGUGCCAAAAGCUCCACUGGUUCACCCAUAAAAAGAUGUGCAGGUCUCUGCAGGAGCAGGAUGCCGACCUGGAGAAAGACACUCCAAGGUUGAAAGAACUGAAAGGUGAUGAAAGCGACCUGGUGAUGGAGACGGCCAACUUCCUACAGGAGCUGUGUCUGCGGGCAGAGGAGAAGGUGGCUGCUGCAGGAAGCUGCCCUGCAGAACUGCUGGCCUGUCCUUCCGCCUCUGCUGAAGCACCGUCCUGCUCCCAAGACUGAGACAGGGCAUCCUGAACAAUGCCGAGUCAUCUCUUGUUGCAUAUAACAAGCAUUGAACAAAAUUCAUGUCAUCAGGGUACAUCCUGUAUAUUUGACGCCAAGCCAAGUUUUAGAUAAUCAAGUAGGUAUUAAGACUUUCCAAAUUAAAGUUGGUGCUAGCAAACAGCCUGGUUAAUCUGAUUGGGAAUUAGAGAGGCAUAAAGUGAUAAUUGCAGCUUUUUCUAGACGGAACAAUCUCUCACUACUGUUAAGGAGACCGUCUAAACGGGACUCCACAAAAAUCCAAAACAUUUAUGGUAUGGGAUCUCAAAUGUUUCUCAAAACAUUAUGUAUGAAUUUGCAUGUAGACCUAUUUGGUCAUAGAUUGAGACAAGUGGUUAAUAUGACUCAAGUUUUUGUGCAUAUAUACAGGAGAAAAAGACUCCAUAUUUGGCACAACUGGGUGCUGGAGAGUUGGCUGUGUGGUACUAUGACAUAGGGAAGUUGUCUGAACUGGCGCUUCAUUUCUAGCCGACCAUGAACUGUUGCAUGUCAUUCCUUCUCUCCCCCCUAAUUUUCUUCACUGUCACUGUUACCUAAUAAAGGUGUGAAAGGCCAAUAAAUCAUGCAAAAAAGCAGCAAGAAUGUUGUUCAUAUAUACUGUCCUAUUGCCACAAAUAUUGAUAUUGGAUGAUUCUAGAAAACACCAGAUUAUGUUCAACUACAAUAUUUUUAAUCUCCAAAAUUUUCAAUGAUAUCUGCAAGUCAACUAAGGUAUGGUUAAGGUUAGGGAAUGAUUGUGAUUGUGGCACAUGUUACUAUAUGUAACUCCAGAGAACGUACUGCACGGUGGUCACCAGAGGGUCUCCUGCUCAGCCUCGCUGGUUUCCGUCACAUAUAGUUAAAGUGUGGUUAAGGUUAAGCAACAAAAACAUUUGAUUAAGGUUUCAGAAGGACUGCAGUUACUGUUACAGGACUAAAAAGGAAAAGGUUAAUUGUAAUUCUGAUGGGACUCAAACUCCAGUCUUUUGCAUAAAAAUCAAUAGUGCUGCAUGCCCAUCCACCAUUCCGUUCGUGCCUCACUAAAGAAAGGGCACAGUACCUGGAUUAGUGAUGAACGUUGGCACUGAACAUUAUUUGUUUUCUGCAGAAACAUACAAUAUGCACAAAAUUGUGUGCAUAUUGGAUUGUGAACUGCAGCGUACAUACACUACAUUGCUAGACACUAUAUCCCUGCAUAUAUCAUGAAGAAGGAAGAGACCUUUCUGUAGAGUAGUUGGAACACCAAGAUGUGUAUUGUUUAGAUGCUGGUUUAGCCAGCCACAUCAAAGAAAAGACAUGUCAGUUCUGUAUGUAGGAUCAGACAGCUUAGGGCAAAUGCAGUUAUGAACUACAAACCGAGAGUGAUUAGGACAGUUUCCUGAGGUUUCCUGAACUAAACUGUAAAAAAAAAAACAGUUUGUCAUAGAUGCAGUAUUUCAUAAUAUGAACUUAACUGUGUUCUUUGUGUGGUCCUGGAAACCUGUGUUCUAUGAAAUGAAGCACAUUUGAUCUUUUUUCAAAUCUAUGUCUUUUGUUAUAUUGUGAAACUAUCUAUGUCUAUCACUCUCACAAAAUUAUGAAUUUAAAGAAUGUGACAUUACUCCUGUUGUGGUGACUGCUCACUGGGCCCAUCAUUUGCCUUAUCUUUUAAAAUUAAUAAAGUUUGCCUUCAUCA